CCUUUGGUUCUUCUGCUUCUUUCGCCUGGUGCUGUUUUAGUGUAAUCUAAUUUUUCUAUAAAAACUUUGUUAUUAUCAAUGCACAAACACUUUGCAAAUUAUUUAAAAGCGUCAGCUGCUAAUUUCUUGAAUGAAACUAUGAAAGUAAAUCGCUGAAUCGUUAAAAGUCGCAGUCGUCGUCGUUAAUCGCCGCAGUCGUCGUUGUGUGCUCUUCACAUUUGUUUACCCUUUGUCUUGUGUUCUUGUUCUACGUGUUUGCGUUCCUUGUUCACAUCAACCAACCUGUAUAAAUCUUCUUGACGUCACAACGCGCUGAACACGCCCCCGCCAGGAAACAUUGACCUGGACCAACCGACCGACCGACCGACCAAGUGACCAAUUGGCGCAGCACAGCGGAAUGUGGAAGUGCCACAAGUGCGGCAAACCCGUUUACUUUGCGGAACGUAAACAAUCACUGGGCUAUGAUUGGCAUCCGGAAUGUUUGCGCUGCGAAGAGUGCGGCAAGCGCCUUAAUCCCGGCCAGCAUGCAGAGCAUAAAGGAGUGCCUUAUUGUCAUGUGCCCUGCUAUGGAGCGCUGUUCGGACCGCAGCUUUUUGGUCACGGCACGCGCGUUGAGUCACACAAGAGCUACGGUGUAAAAGGCGCGCAGAAACCAGUCGCCGCUCAGGCUAAUGGACCCGCGCUUCCCCGCGACCAUUUGGAGUCCAAGCUGAAGGUUUACAAUCAAUUUUAUGAUAAUAAAAGCCUUGAGAUACGCAGCCGUGAAGUUAACAAUCGAUUGAUCUUGGAGGGGCCAUUGCGUGUGUUUUGGGGCGUCCAGGGCGUUAUUCAUCUGAAGGAGGACGAUGAUCAGCGUACAUUUAUAGUCCGCAAACGCAACUCCUGCCGUGCAUCCAAGGCUCAAGAUGAAAGCUGCUCGGACAAGGAAAACGAGGGCAGCGAAUCGGUGGCACCUCCCACGACUACAGCCAGUGAGGCUGAUCCACUCUCCACGGACAUUUCGUUGUCAGAGAGCAUGACUUUUGAUUCAUGUAGUUUGAAUGAGAUAUCGGAGCUGCCGACAACACCGGAAGAUGCCUCCGCAAACACAACGCCGGGCAGUGAGCAGGUUGUAAACGGACAGUCGAGCUCCAACAAUGAUGACGAGGAUGUAACGAACACAGAUUCCUCGAGCACGUUAAUUGGCAGCGCCACGGACGCUAUUACGGCCAGCACCAGCUGCGUAUCGAGCACGUUGCCCUCCAAGUUAGACAACCUAGAGAAGCUGGACUGGGAUGAUAUUGAUGACUUGCUGCAAGUGGAGCGACGUCAGAGUGAGAAGGACAAGGUCUAUGAAACGAUGCCCGUUAAGCUGCCGUCUUCAUCGUCACAAUCGUCCAGCGAGAGCUCGCCCAGUAAGACGUGCUCCUCCAGCACAACUUCGACAAACACGCAAAACAAUCAAAUCAACACUGCCUCAUCGCCGACAACAACCACAAACACCACGACGAGCAGCAGCUCAGAUAACUUUAUGACUGCCACGGGCUCUUUGACGACGAAUACCAAUACCCAGAACACAAGCACUGUAAGCACUAGCAACACCACGCUGGAUGACUACAAGACAUCGGAUGACGCAACGCUGAAGCCCAUGGACUACGAGGACUUUAAGCGUAGCGUUCAUCAGGAUUAUGUGAAUGGUGCCAACUCGUUUCAGGAGCCAAAUGACGACACACUGAAACGCAAUCAGCCUAUCGAUCCCUCUCGCAUACACGACUCCCUGAAGCUCUACGGCGAGAAUUCGGCUAUGAGCAAGAGUUUCAAUUGCGAGCACGCGCUGCGCUCCAUUGAUCCCACACUUAUAAACGACACAAUGCAUUUGCGCAGCAGCGUCGACUCGCCUCGCUCAUCGCAGCGUCAGUACGCCUUGCAGAAGAGUGGCUCUGCCUUUGCGUCAAUAGCGCCCAGCAGGGAGCACCAUAAGUCCUAUGAGCAGGGCCGUCAGCUUUUCGAAAAGGGCAUCAAUCGCUCCAAGUCUGGUCCCAGCUGCUUUGUAUAUUCCGACAGUGAUGACGAUGACGAUACUACGCUGCGCCCACAUCGCUUGGCGACAGUGCGACGCAGUGAUGUGCCUCAACGUUAUAUACAAAUCCAAAUGAAUUGCUAUCCCAAAGAAGGUGCAAUCGAAAAUGAGUCGAGCCGUGCCGAUGCAUCAUCGGUGCUAAGCGGUGCUGUGGCUGGCGACGAGCUGACUCAAACGGAUGAGCUCUACACGGCCACUGAGGGCAGAGAAAGUGCCGCAGAUGGCAUUGGAACUAAUGAGGCGGGCUUGCACGUGAAUGAGGAUGGCGUUGUCUUGAGAAGACCCCCGCGCACUGGCGCUGCUGCCAUCAAACGUCGCAGUGGCAAUCGGCGUUCGCGCACGAAGCUGAAACGUCGGUGUUCCAUUAAUGGACAUUUUUACAAUCGGGAGACAUCGUUUUUCACGCCACCAUACGGUUCCCAAAUGUCCGUGUGGGUCACUUCGCUGGUCACCACCCAGGAGGUCAUCAAUUUGGUGCUGGAGAAGUAUAAGGUGGAUAGCGCCGCGGAGAAUUUCUCGCUUUUCAUCGUGCGUGACAACGGCGAACAGAAGCGCCUGAAGGACAAUGAAUAUCCAUUGAUAACUCGCAUUACGCUGGGACCGCAUGAGGAUGUGGCUCGCCUAUUUCUUGUGGAUGCACGCAAAACUGAUGAGAUCAGUAAUGAAGUUGCUCAAUUUUUGAAUCUAUCGCUGCCGGAAUGCCGUGCUAUACUGGAUCGCUAUGAUCAGGAAUUGGCGCGUGAAAUUGUCAAAGUGAAAGAGAGAUACGCAGAGCUACGUCGUCGUAUUGUCUCGCGCAUGGAAUCUCUAAAGGUGCAUUUGUAAUGCAUGCGAACGGAAUCUCCAACUGCAUCAAUUUUUUUUUACAGCCAUAACGUUAAUGCGGCCAAAAAUGCGACAGCAGCCAAGCAAAUAGUAUUCCUUAUGAUAAAUUUUCAAAUAGCAUUUAGGCACAAUUACGCAUAAUUUAGUAAACCUUUGGCGCCCCAGUGAACAAAUCAGCCGCUGUCCGGCCGCAGUUAAUUUCAUUUACUUUUUUCUUUGUGUUUCCUUUUUCAGAUGUAACUAACAAUCAUUAGCAGGCAUUUCCACUUUAGAAAGCGUUAAGACUUGUAACUAACCAAAAAUAAUAUUAAUCUGCACACCAACUGGCAUAGAAACUGAAUGAAAUCAUAUUCUAUGUGUUA